ACUUGAAUUAAUAAUGGAUUCAAUCCAAUUCUCAAUACCAAUCUAUGCUCUAAUCUCUCUCUCAACACUCUUCUUUCUUGUUGUCUGGUUCAGGCGGAAACCCCUUCCGCCUGGCCCAAUGGGUUGGCCCAUUAUCGGCAACAUGAUGAUGGACCAACUCACCCACCGUGGCUUAGCCCGUCUGGCCGAAAAAUACGGUGGCAUACUCCAUCUCAAGAUGGGCUUCAGCCACACCAUUGCGGUAUCAUCACCCAAAAUGGCCCGCGAAAUACUUCAAGUGCAAGAUCACAUAUUUGCCAACCGUCCUGCCACCAUUGCCAUCACUUAUCUCACUUACGACCGAGUCGAUAUGGCAUUUGCGGACUAUGGCCCGUUUUGGCGUCAAAUGCGAAAACUGAGCGUCAUGAAGUUGUUUAGCCGUAAACGAGCAGAAUCCUGGGAUUCUGUCCGUGAUGAGGUGGAUUCCAUGGUGAAAUCCACCGCGGUCAACUCUGGCUCGCCUGUAAAUUUGGGUGAACUGGUAUUCGGGUUGACCCAUGAUACACUAAGCUGUUUGGCGCAUUCAACUUGGCUGACUUUAUUCCAUCGCUCGGCUUCAUCGACCCGGCUGGGUUGAAUACCCGUUUACCCGCUGCCCGGGCCGCUUUAGACCGUUUCAUCUAAUA